AGAGCUAGAAAAUGGUGAUUAGAAGAAAAAGAAAAAAAAAAGUGAAAGAGAAAUUAAAGGCAAAGAGAGAAAUGAAACUAUGUCCCAGCAGGGCAAAUAAACAUUCAUUUUAGCAAAUACUUCUCAUCAAUGUAUUAUUAUUGUUUGCUUAGCUUGCUCUUGCUUUUGCUAUUCUAUCUCUUUAUAAUAAUAAUUGGUGCCUUCUCUUAACUCUGUUUCAAUAGACAAAUGGGAAAGAGAGGAACAAGGUUACCAGGCUUUUGCCUGAACAGAAUUAGGCCUCAUGCUCGAAUGCGAUCACCCCCGAUAAUACAAGAAGCCAAGAAGAACGAUGACUCGAGUGCCACAAAAACCGGUGAUCAGAAUACAAAGAAUGAGAAUUCUAGCGGCAGUUGUGAGGAGACACCAAAGGAAGAAGCGAAAGCCGGGGUUGUAAUUGGUCGGAAGAUUAUGAUUGUGGUUGAUUCUAGCCUUGAAGCUAAAGGUGCUGUCCAAUGGGCUCUAACUCACACGGUUCAGAACCAGGACAAAAUUAUUCUUCUUCAUGUGAUCAAGCCUUCUAAUAAACAAGCCACUGAAGUAGAAUCCAGCAAGGAGAGAGCUCCAAGGGCUUAUGAACUUGCUUGUUCUUUUAAGAGCAUGUGCAAUGUGAAGAGGCCGGAGAUUUGGGGAUUUGGAAUGAAUGGAAUGUUAGUGGGGCUUCUAGUAUUGGGGCAGAAGAAGAGGUCCACAACGUGGAGACUAGUGAUGAUGUGGGCAGGGCAGAGAGUGAACGGUGGGGUGGUGGAUUACUGCAUUCAGAAUGCACAUUGCAUGGCCAUUGCUGUCCGCAGAAAAAGCAGUAAGAUUGGUGGCUACAUGAUUACCACUAAGCGCCACAAGGAUUUCUGGCUCUUAGCUUAGUAAUUAUAUGAACAUAUGCAUGCACGUGCUCACCUUCUUCUAAGAGUGUACAAUACAUCAUUUUAAAAGAAGAAAAAGUGCUAAUGUCUACAUACAUAUUGUGUUUGUCUCUGUACAUGUUAAAAGUGAUGUGUAAUGAGAAAUGCAAAAAAGAGAUUGUUCUAUCUU